GGCUGGCAGCGGCCACUCGGGGAUGAGCAGCAUCUUGGUGCGGUGCUUGAAUGGCGGGCAUCCGCACGGCGCCCGCGACGCGCCGCCGCUGGACUCGCUCGACGAGGCCUGCAUUUCGGCGUGCAACCGCCAUGGCCUGCGCGUCCACGUCUGUUUGGGCCACGAGGCGCCCGAGGUGCUCUUGCAGGCCAUGACGACGACGCAGGCGAGCGUCCACCUCGUCGUGCUGCGCGUUGGGUCCGCCUACUCGAUGCCGUCGCUGCUCAACAUGCUCUCGACGCUGCGCCGCAUGAGUCGGCAGCUCUUCCUCUGCGUCUUUAGCGCACGCGUCUCGGACGAUGCGCGCUUGCGCUACGAGUGCUUUACGCACGGCGCGUCCAUGGUCACGAGCGCGAUCGAAGACGCGAGCACGAUCAUCACCAAGAUCGCGCGCGAGGACAGUAGUUCGUCGCGCCACCGCGGGCCGUACAAUUGCCCGCUCUGCGGGAAGGGCGGUAUGACCGAGGACACGCUCUGGACGCACGUUCCCCUCUUCCACAUCAACGAAAAAAACAAGUCGGACGUUCCGUGCCCGAUCUGCGCAACAUCGUCGAGCACCAAGCAGCACCGGUCGACGCCGUUCCAGGUGCACAUGCACAACGCCCACGGACCGCCCGGUCGCGGCGAGCUCCCGAGCGAGUUUCGCGCGCCCGAGUCGUCGCUCUACUGCUUUGCGCUUGUCGUCGUCCGGCACCCGCUCACCAAGCAGUUUCUCCUCGUCCAAGAGUUUGCGUGCUCGGGCUACUGGCUGCCCGGCGGCCGUGUCGACGCUGGCGAGACGCCCGACGAAGCCGCGCUCCGCGAAACCAAAGAGGAAGCCGGCCUGGACAUUCGCCUCACGGGGUUGCUGCGGCUCGAGUACCACCCCAAGACCGACAGCGACGGCCGGUCGUACGUCCGCAUGCGGUUUGUGUUUCUCGGUGAACCGGUGGACGUCAACCAGCGGCCCAAGUCGAUUCCCGAUUACGAGAGCGCGGGGGCCACUUGGUGCCAUGUCGACGAGAUCAAGUCGCUCCCGCUUCGAGGCCCCGAGCCCAUCAAGUAUUUCGAGUACGUCGCUGGCGACGGUCCCGUGCACCCCAUGUCAAGCAUGUACAUGAAGCGGUAACCCUGCUGAGCUGUCAACCAACGAAUUUUGUUUGAAUUUUCCGA